GCUUAACUUAGGUGUCAUUUUUUUUUUUGGAGGGGGGGGGGUAGCUUUGACUUAAUGGCAUUGGUGGUGACUAGUGAAAUCGAACAGGAGGCGCAGCGUAUUUUAGUAUCCAAGAGUGCAUAUGAGGUUCUCGAAAUUAACCCAAGAGAUUUCAACAAAGAGAUCGUGCUUAAAAAACAUGGAGUCAAAGUUGAAAUGUUUAAGCGACUCUUUCGAAAUAAGUUGGCCAUGCAAGCCAAAGCAAGAUUAGACGAUGCCAAAAUGCGAUUGCUGGAUGAACGCUUUCGUGCCAAGGAAGAUGAAGCGCACACCAAUUCUCAACGCGAUAAAAUAAAGGAAGAAGAGGAAAUAUAUGCUCUAGAAGCAAGAACAAGAUUGCUGGAGGUUCAAGCAGCUGAAGUUUAACAAGCGUAAACUCUCUGAUUAGUGAGCAUAUCUUAGUGUAUACUAUUUAUUGAUCACUUA